CACUACUAUAUAACAAAUAAUUUGAGUCCGAUGAUGGAUUCAGAUGUCCGGAUAUUACCCGAUUCUGAUGUCGAUAUAACGAAAUCACGAUGGGGAGAUCUGACCUUCUAUACUAGAUUCCGCCACUUCUUUAAGCUUACAGAUCCUACUAACUGUUUAAAGGGCAAUAAGAAACUUGAUGAAGCUCAGGAUAUUGUGAAACAAUACAAAUCUGACGGUACAAUGCCAGUAGGAGGGGUGGAGGCUCUAUGGAGUGCUAAGUACCUGUACGAGAGUGCCUUCCACCCGGAAACAGGAGACAAGCAGAAUGUUAUCGGCAGAAUGAGUUUCCAGGUUCCAGGUGGUAUGGUAAUUACUGGUAUUCUCAUGGCUUUCUACAAGAGCCCGUUGGAAGUGUUUCUAGGGCAGUGGUUGAAUCAGUCGUUUAAUGCUCUAGUCAACUUUACUAACCGUAGUGGAGACAAGCCGCUUCCAAACAGUGUCAUACUGUCUGCUUACUUCGCAGCUACAUCUCUAGCUACUGGAGCUUCUAUUGGUCUAAACAAGACUCUAGCUCCUCGAGCACCUCCAAUAGUUGGACGUUUUGUUCCCUUCAUUGCUGUGGCUGUAGCUAACAUGGUUAACAUUCCUUGUAUGAGAUCUCAGGAACUUAAAGAAGGAGUAGUGAUAGUGGACGCUGAAGGUAACAAGUUGGGACAAAGUGUUACCGCAGCUCAGCGGUCCAUUGUGUCAACUACAUUCUCAAGGAUCUGUAUUGCUGCUCCGGGAAUGUUGAUGACGCCUAUAAUAAUGGAACAGUUGGAGAAGAAGCCGGCUAUAAAGGCGCUCUCAAAAUGGAAGAAUUGUGUGCUCCAGACUCUACUGGUGGGGAGUUUCCUUUUGAUUGCCGUUCCUGUAGGUUGUUCACUCUUCGCUCAAGUACAGAGUAUUGCUGUGGACGAUUUAGAAGACGAUCUUAAGAAAGCUAUUUUAGCUAAGGAUAGUAGCUUGAAGACUGUUUAUUAUAAUAAAGGACUUUGAUUGAUGUAACAGCCGGUGUAUAAUUUAUUAUUUUGGGACAUUUGUUUAGGAGAGUUUUUAUUAGACGAGUUUUUUAUUCUCUUGUAUGAUACUCUAAUAUUUUUAUUGCUCACUUUCAAAAAUUAUUGAAAAUUGAUUGUUUUUAUGAAGCGAUAUGUUUAUAAGUUUAUAAGUUUUAAGGAUUUCUAACCAUGGUAUCAUAUUGGAUAUGAUUAUUUCUAUGGUAACUGGUUUAUUA